AUGCACUAUCUAGCCCUGCUUUUUCAGGAGCAAAGAAAACCCACAGGUCUGCUGCAGCUGCUACCUCUUGUGAUUUGGUUGUUUUGGCUUUCAAGCAGUCAUUGUGUCGCUCAGGAAGAGCUCCCAGAAUCAAGCUGUUGCAGUUCUUGCUUCCAAGGACCGGCCGGAACACCAGGUGUUCCUGGAAUCCCAGGAAAUCCAGGUGGAAACGGGAUCCAAGGACCUCUUGGCCCCAAAGGUGACCCUGGGUUUGGCCUCCCUGGACCCAAGGGAGAUACCGGCGACCAGGGACGGAAGGGAGAUCGAGGCGAAACAGGGUUGCAGGGCCGUCCGGGGAAGCUGGGACCUGCUGGGAAGCUGGGACCUGCAGGUCUUGAAGGAGGAAUCAGUGGAAGGCAGAAAGGCGACCAAGGGGAGCCAGGAGUCCAGGGACCGCAAGGACCGCCUGGUGAGGGGCAAAGGGGUCAGGAAGGAGAAAAGGGCCAGCCGGGAGCAAAGGGCCAGCCAGGAGGAAAGGGCCAGCCAGGAGGAAAGGGCCAGCCUGGAAGACAUAGCUCGGGUUCACCAACAUCGUCCGCUGCCGUCGCAUUCAGCGCUUACCUCACAACAAGUGUCUCAGGAAAUCGUGGUCAUGUUAUCAUCUUUAACAACAUCAUGACGAAUAUCGGCAAUGGGUACGAUUCGCAAUCGGGCGUGUUCACGUGUUCGAUACCCGGGACCUACUUCUUCACGACCAGCCUGCAAAGAAUGACACAAACUAGGGAUCCUUUCUCUUGUUUAUGUUUCUUUAAACUCCUUUGUUUUUUAUUAUUAUCCAAUACCCUAUAGGUGAAAAGAAGACCUACCGUUAUGUUUCUUUUGAUUCUGCUGCUGUGGCUCUCCAGCAGUCAUUGUGUCGUUCAGGAGGAACCAAGAGAAGCAACUUGCUGCGGUGCUUGCUUCCAAGGACCGGCCGGAACACCAGGCAUUCCUGGAAUCCCAGGAAAUCCAGGUGGAAUUGGGGUCCAAGGACCUCUUGGCCCCAAAGGUGACCCUGGGUUUGGCAACCCUGGACCCGAGGGAGAGACUGGCGACCAGGGACAGAAGGGAGAUCGAGGCGAACCAGCUUUGCAGGGACCUCCAGGGAAGCAGGGACCUGCGGGUCGCAACGGAGACAUGGGUGAGGGGCAGAAAGGUGACCAGGGGGAUCAAGGGGUCGAAGGACCGCAAGGUCCUUCUGGUGAAAAGGGGCAAAAGGGCCAGCCGGGAGAUGCUACAUUGAUUACUCCCUCUGCCGUUGCAUUCAGCGCUUAUCGUACGACAAGUGUCACAGGCGGCCAUGGCGAAGUUAUCAUCUUUGACAAUAUCGAGACGAAUGUGGGCGAUGGGUACGAUUCGCAAUCGGGCGUGUUUUCAUGCUCGAUUCCCGGUGUCUACUUCUUCACAGCCACCCUGCAGAGAAUCGCAUCAACAGUGCGUCCUUUCGUGUACCUGAAAAAGAACGGGGAGAGCAUCUUUGGGAUCUUUAACUCUCAUGAUAAUUACUAUCAUCAGUCCAGCAAUUCGGCAGUUCUUGUUUUGGCAACAGGGGAUAGAGUCUGGCUUGAGUUUGGCAGCAGUAACAGAGGUAUUUACAGCGAUAGUAAUAAGUAUUCUUUCUUCUCCGGCUUUCUAAUCCAUGAAACCUAA